UCAAUGGAGAAUAGCACAGAAGUAACAGAGUUCAUCCUCUUGGGAUUAACAGAUGACCCCACCCUUCAGGUCCCCAUCCUCCUGGUAUUUUUGUCCAUCUACCUGAUCACUCUGGUGGGGAAUGGGGGGAUGAUAGCAAUCACCCACUCAGACUCCCACCUCCACACUCCAAUGUACUUCUUCCUCAGUAACCUCUCCCUUGUAGACCUGGGUUACUCAUCAGCCGUUGCUCCCAAGAUGUUGGCUGCGCUGCAGUCAGGGGACAGAAUCAUCUCCUAUAAUGGAUGUGCUGCUCAGUUCUUCUUCUUUGUGGGUUUUGCCACUGUCGAGUGCUACCUCCUGGCCUCCAUGGCCUAUGACCGCCACACAGCGGUGUGUAGGCCCCUUCAUUACACCAGCACCAUGACAGCAGGUGUGUGUGCCCUCCUGACUGCCGGCUCCUACGUCUGUGGCUUCCUCAAUGCUUCCAUCCACACAGCACAAACCUUCAGCCUCUCCUUCUGUGGUUCGAAUGAGAUUAAUGACUUUUUCUGCGACUUACCACCACUUCUGGCUCUCUCGUGCUCCAACACAAGCACCAACGAGCUGGUGGUCUUCUACGUCGUGGGAUUCAACGUCUUUUUCACCUUCCUGGUCAUCCUCGUCUCUUACCUCUUCUUAUUUGUUGCCAUUCAACAGAUGCGCUCUGCAGAAGGAAGGAAGAAAGCCUUCUCCAUCUGUGGGUCCCACCUCACCGCCGUCUCCACCUUCUAUGGGACAAUCAUCUUCAUGUACUUAAAGCCCAGCUCCCCCCAGUCCAUAGACACAGACAAAAUCACUUCUGUGUUUUACUCGGUGGUUAUUCCCAUGCUGAACCCCUUGAUCUACAGUCUUAGGAACAAAGAAGUGAAAAAUGCUCUCUGGAAAAUACUCAGCAAACUUUAUUCCCGGACUCUAAGUGUGAGUAGGAAGUAG